AUGCAACGAGUCCCGCUCGGGCAGUCCAGUGAUGGACAGGGUAGGAAGAUCGCGAUCCAAAAGGCGCCAGCGCCGCCGCAGCAGGGCAACGAGAAUGCAGAAAGAUACGAGAAAGAGGAAAGAGUGGCCAUGAGGUUGAACAAGAACCUCGUUAAUCUCCUAAAAGAACUAGAAGACCGGGUCGAUGAAGCAGACAAAAAGGCCAUCAAGCAGACAUUACAUGAUGUUGAGGAUGAUCUUGUUUCCCUGGAUUCCUUACAAUCCGUCAGGACUCUGGGAAAAAGGCCACGCGAGCAAUCGGCGCAGAGAAAAGAGCCAGGGGAUGGCCAUCACGGAGAGGCCCUCGUGACUGCAUCCGUCGGCUCCAACGAAGAUCUCGACUUCCUUGAUGAGGAUUUGAUGCGCAGCCACGAGUCGAGAGAGACCGGCUACAUGGGCCAAAACUCGGAGGUGCAAUGGCUACGAAGUGUUCAGCGUCAAGCAGAACGUGGCAACUCAGACCCUCAAGGGCAGCGAUACGGCCCUCCAGGCGCAAGUUCGGCAGCUAUUGACGAACGAUCCGAAGCUUUGCAUGAACGAAGACAGAAUGCUAGACCGGGCUCGAUGCAACACAUAACGGACGCGACUUUCUACCUGGACGGCGAUGAUAUUGAGGUCGAUAUCGCUGUAGAUCCAAACGAGAUGCCUGGCCCAGACAUCGCUGAAAAGCUCUUUGAUUGCUAUCUGGAAACUGUACAAGGCACAUUUCCUCUCAUGCCCGCUAACUUCGAAGACCAAUUUCGACGCUACAUUCAAUCUCUCAGGUACAGAAAUCCGUAUCAAAUCCCGCCACAAUGGCGUGCGACCAUGAACCUACUUUUCGCUAUUGGCGCCAAAUACUCUCAUCUCAUUGGUGCCGAAUGGCGAGGCGAUGAGAGAGACCAUCUCGUAUACAUGACACGAGCUGUUCAACUCUUGGGACUGAAGGAUACUAUAUCGUUCCUGGCAGCCCCCAGUCUGGGCAGGGUUCAAGCAACAGGAACAUUGGCGUUCUACUUCCUUGUGAUCGGACACGUGAGUAGAGCCUGGAUCAUGAGCGGGCUCUCCGUCAGACUCGCCUUGGCACUCGGUUUACACCUGCGUAACGAGGACGAUUCGAUGAACGACUCUAGGAGAGAGCCGUUGGUGAAGACGUGGUGGUGUUUGCACUCAGUAGAGUGCCUCGUUUCAUCCAUCACUGGUCGGCCUCCGGUCAUUGGAAACGAGGAUUGCACUGUAACAUUGCCACAGUACGAACCUGGAUCUCCAACGCGAGACACAAAUGCGGCGCGACGACACUCUCGCGUCCGCACGAACUACAGCUCACCUCAGACUGUUGGAAGUAGCGCUGCCUCUGACUCAGGUCAACGGGAUGCGGAUGGAAGCCACUAUCUGCAUACAUAUGUCACCUUGACCAUCAUUUCACAGAAGGUCCUUCUCAGCCUAUAUUCGCCCCGGACCGCAGUCCAAUCUUGGGAGACGAAAAUUACGGAGCUGCUCAAGGAACUAGAGGACUGGGUCAAGACAGCGUUACCAUCUGAUGACAUCCGUCCGAGUAACUCCACCCAACGACCCGAGCUCAACCGCGAACGUUUUCUACUCAGAAUCUACUACUGGAGUACGAAAGUGCUCAUCACGCGGCCCUGCCUCUGUCGAAUAGAGCGAAGAAUAGCAACAGAGAGUUCCAAAUCCAUGAACUUCAACGCCGAGUCAGCAGAGACAUGCGUCGAGUCAGCUCGAAACAUGACGAUGCUGUUCCCUGAACAGCCAGAUACACAGUUCAUUUACUCGCAAGGACCGUGGUGGGAUGUGGUUCAUCUCAUCAUGCAAUCAGUAGCCGUGCUGCUGCUGGAGAUGGCCUAUGAGGGCAAACAUCUAAAGGAUGAGAGAGACGACAUCCUGACGUGCAUCAAGAAGAUGAUACGCUGGCUUCGUGCUAUGAAAGUAAGUGACCCAGUCGCUGCUCGGGCUCAUGAUGUCGUCUACAAGAUUUUGAACACUUGUGCGCCUGCUCUUCGGGAGCAAGUCAAGGAGUUGAUUGCCGACGAUACUGGAUGGACUUCUCGGCCCGCAAAGCCUACACGCUCUGCACCGCAGUCAGCCUCCUGGGAGGAAAUGCCGCCAAAUUUCCCACCCCCGCUUUCCCAAGAUCACUUCAUGGACCCGCUACUUCCGUACCCUCUGCCAGAACAACAACCAACGUCUUUCGCUUUCGGAAACCCCUUCAUGACGAACUUUGAUCAAGGCGUACCUCUUGUCGAUAUGCAACAGCUGUGGUGGCAGUCAGCGCCCUUGAGUCAUCUGAACUUCAAUCCUUCCGCGAUGAACAUGUCACAGCAGCAACUCAUGCAACAGCAAAUGCAGCAACAAAUGCAUCAACAGAUGCAGCAGAGCGGUCUCGCCGAGCAGGAAGACAUACAGGGCUCUUCUUGA